AAAAUCAAUCAUCAUCGAUCAUCAAUCAUGCGGCAUUUUGAAUCCCAUUUCCAAUAACAACAAAGAAAAACGCUAAUUGAGACCUAAAUCCUGGAUCUCUUGGAUCAUGUCGCAAGCAGCUGUCGUAAAUAGCGGCAAUUACAAGUUGCCGGAUCUGAGCUAUACGCCGGGCGAUUUAACGGAGCCGGAGUACCGAUUGCCAACGCACCAGCAGCUGCUGGAGGAGAAGAAGCGCGCGCCGCAGCAUGGCCUGGAACGGGAGCUGCUGCCACUGAGCCGACUGUAUUUGGCGGAGCAGGAGGACAAAUAUCCGGCAGCACAGGCGGAGGAGUCACGUGCGAUCACCUCGGCGGCGGGACGACAAUUUCCGGCGCUAGCCGCCGCGCAGGCCAAGUACACGGGUCAGCUGAACGGCAGCAACAGUCACCGCGCGUCCGAGCUGGAUUUUGUGCCCGGCAAGGAUCUGAUCUCGCUACCCAGUGUCCAGGCGCCGGCGGAAGCGGAGCCAGCGCGAAAAAUGCCGCUGCACUCGAUCACAGCGAAGCCAAACGAGCGCUGCCCCUCGCCGGUGGUGCCGGCCUAUGCCAACUUCGAGCUGGCCAAGCGCAUGCAUCAGGACAAUCUGGAUCACCAGCCGCUGCCCGAUUGCGUUGCGGAUCUGGCGUAUCGCCGGGCACAGAUUGGCGGCGCCCAUGGCGGGCUCGCGCUAGACAUUGAUCCGAUUGCGACGGGCGUGGGCAUUAAGACACACAAUGCGGGACCGACUCACUGCACCAAGAUGAAGGUGUUCCGGCCAAAGACGGGCGGCGUCCUGCCCAAGGCAUUGGCCGGUGACAAUUAUCGCGGCAUUGGCUCGGCGCCCGCCAAGAAAAUGGGCGCCAUGGAUCUGGCCAUUGGCUGGGACUUUAAGCCCAUCAAUCCGGAGGAUGAGCCGCGUCUGGCUAGGCACAUAGACGGCUCCAAUGAUUCCGCCGGCCCGGCUGUGUUCACGUGCGUGAAGACGCCACGCGACGAUCCGCCCGCUGGCGCGGAGUUGGGUCGCUCGGCGGGCGUCUUUACCAGCACCCUGGGUGAGCCGGAUUUCUUUGACAAGGAUCUGCUGCGCCGCAAAUCCGACUUUGCGGGACGCGCCAUCGAGCGCGAGGAGAACUGCGCCUGUGACUAUUCGCCGCCAACACGAGCGCGCAGCGUUUCGCGCGAUUCCAGCGCCUCGCAUUGCCGGCGAGCUCCAUCUUUUGGUGGAGGAGGAGGAGGAGGAGGAGGAGGAGCAGGCGGAGGCGGAGGUGUUAGCUUUGGCCUGCCCGCCAAUCGGCUGGCCAAGCAGUAUCAGUCCACGCCCCUGCUGGGCGAUCAGGCUUACCAGGCGCUGCGUGAAAAGUACCUCGGCCCGGACACCGACUCGCCGCAUGGCUGCCAUACGGUUGCCGCCUCCGGCUGCAAGCGGGAUCAGCUGCUGCGCCGACCGGCGCGACGCCUCUGCCACAAGGUGGCGCCGGCGCCCAACUGCUGCCCCGCCGCCCAUAACUGUGAUCAUGGUCAUGGCCAUGCUCAUCGUGGUCAUGGACAAUGUUUGACCAGCAAGGCGGCCUUUCGCGCUGGCAUGCCCAGGCUGAAUGCCAGCGGCGAUUUUGUGGGCAUCUCACCUGGCUGCGGCGGUGGCGGCGGCGGUGCUGCUGCUGGUCGCGUUCUGGUCGUGCCACGCCCCCGCCAGCCAUAUGCAAAGAAGAACUAUGACAUCGAUACGCUGGUGCCGCCAUUUCGCAGCCAGGGCGGCGGCGCUGGGCAGGGCGGCUAUCCGGAGCACUGGCGUCUGGCCAGCGUCUAUCAGCACGCCUACAAGCCGAUCGAACAGCGCCGGCGACCGCUCCUGCAGACCGUCUACAAGUAGAUGGGGGGCUUCCCAACACCAGAAUUCCGCCUCCUGUCGAGGAUCUUCCGGGCUCUUAAACGUCUCCCAAUUUAUUAUCUAGACUCUUAUUUUAUUGAUGCGGGAAGCUUCAAGUUCCAUUUACCAAGGCCUUAAAGUAGCAACUAAAAAAGAACACAAGACAAAAUGGCGUCCAUAAGUUAGGUUAUGUUGAGGUAAUCAGAUAUUAUAAUUUGAGCUCUUCCAGAUAGAUGUAAGCAUCUUAGAGCCCAGACCUAAUUAGGGUCUUAGGGCUCUUCUUUACUAUCUUCUAAUACCAUAUACCAAGGCUCAAUUGUAGAAAGAAACAAAAACAAAAUGGCGCCCAUAAGUUAGGUUAUGUUGCAGUAUAUAGUUUUAAGGACUUUGAUUCAUAAAACAGCCUUCUAAAAUUU